GCCAUCAAAGGCCGCGGGAAGUUUGAAAUGAGGGAAAGUCGCUUCUCGCUGGCUUUUGGUCGGCGGACCGGGAACGGAGAGCCGAGAAGUCUCAGGAAGCAAUGGCCACCAAGAAACUGGCCCGGCAACUUGGAUUAAUUAGGAGGAAGUCCAUCAGUCCUGCUAAUAAGGAUGAGCAGGGUAGAAUCAGGUCAAAGCAAUUAUUUGAUUACUUAAUUAUCAUUGAUUUUGAGUCAACAUGCUGGAAUGAUGGAAAACGCCAUUAUAGCCAGGAGAUAAUUGAAUUUCCAGCAGUUCUUCUAAAUACAUUAACUGGGGAGAUUGAGUCUGAAUUCCAGACCUAUGUCCAGCCUGAGGAACAUCCAGUUCUUUCCAAAUUUUGUGUUGAACUGACAGGUAUAAAACAGGCUCAAGUUGAUGAAGGAGUUCCUUUGAAGAUUUGCUUAUCACAGUUCUGCAAAUGGAUUCAAGUAAUUCAACAGCAGAAGAAGAUAAUUUUUGCUCCCAGUGUUACAAAUAAUUCGGCUUCAGAUGUAAAAUUAUGUGCAUUUGUUACUUGGUCAGAUUGGGACUUGGGAGUUUGCUUAGAGUAUGAAUGUAGACGGAAACAAUUGCGAAAGCCUGUAUUCUUGAAUUCUUGGGUAGACCUCAGAGCAACUUAUAAGAUUUUCUAUAGGAGAAAGCCAAAGGGGCUAAGUGGUGCUUUGCAGGAACUGGGAAUAGAAUUCUCAGGACGAGAGCAUUCUGGAUUGGAUGAUUCUCGGAAUACUGCCCAUCUGGCUUGGCGCAUGAUCAGAGAUGGUUGCAUAAUGAAAAUUACUAAAUCUUUAGAUAAAGUACCACAUUCAGAGAAGAGUCCCAAUUAUGUUGCCAGAGCUUUAAAUCUGAAUCAGACUGAAGAUGCCCCUGGAUGUAAGAAUGGAAUCCAGCCUUCAAGCAUGAAUGAUGUUUGUAAUGGUGAAAUUAACAUUGGUAAAAAUAUCAUAAAUCCUAAUGGAAAAAAUUAUCUAAAGUUAACUUCUAUACAUCAAGAUUACUUACCAUUAGAGAGUAUCAGAAAUCUUACUGAGGUUAAAAGUUGUUUCUCAAUUAAAGAAUCAUCUCUUCUUCCUGGGAAAUUACAGCCACCCAAUUCUAAUUCACCAGGGUACAUCCAAAACCAAAUAAAAGGUGAAUAUCUUACCCAUAAUCCUAAAUAUAAUUUUUCAACACUGGAUUCAGGAUUAGUGCUUGUCUCUACUACCAUUUCAUCUGUUAACAAUCUUUCUGAUAUAGAUACAAGUACUAGCCUUGACUGUUUGCCAAUGCUAGCUGAUUGGGAGGAUGUAGCUUUACUGCCAGCUUCAUGGCCUGAACAAAACACAAACUCUUUAUCUUCCAUUAAUGACUCAAACCCAAGCACUUCAUUAGAACCUGAGAAAAAGAUAAAGAUUUUGAAAGAACAAACAAUGAUAAUGCACAGAUUUGGGAUGUUUGGGAAAAGCAGAACAACCCCUGAGACAUCAGGGUCUGUUGUUUACAGAAGCCCUCAUACUACUAUUUAUAAUGUAAAGGAAUCUCCAAACCAGCCUUCAAAUGUUGAUACUUUUAAGUUGCCUAACCUUAAAGUAAAUUUAUUGAGCAAAUCUAAGACUGUUUUGUCUCCUCCCUCAACACUGGGGGAACCACAGACUCCGUAUUCCAUGGUCAUUAAAAGAAAAUCUACUCCCCAGGUUUUCUCGCCAUCAAAAAAACAGUCUUUUACAAUACAUGGAGAAAAACCUACAUCUCAUUGCUCCCCAUUGAAAAAUUCAUUUCUGAAGAUGACACCUUCUGUCUUAAAAUGUACUGUCAACUUGCAAGAACCUUGGCAGAAUAGGAAAAUGACACCACCUUUAUGUAACUGUGGCCGAAGGUCUAAAAGACUCCUUGUUUCUAAUAAUGGACCAAAUCAUGGCAAAGCCUUCUACAGUUGUCCUGUUGGGAAAUACCAAAAGAAUAGAAAGAAAUGUGGUUAUUUUAAGUGGGAGCAAACACUUCAAAAGGAGAGAACCAGUAGUAUGAAUUGUUCACUUUCUACAUCAGGAAUCAAUCUUAGAUCUCCUGGAACUUCUUCUAGAAAUUUAAUCUUUUCUCCUGAAAACUGUCUGAAACUCAGACCAUCUAUGAGAAGUUGAAUAUCAUUGCUCUUUGUAAACUCUGAACGCUCUUUUAAAUCAAACGCUCUUUUAAAUUAAAUGGAUUUUUAAUGGAAAAAUAUAAAAGACAUCUAGUACUACAGAUUAUUGAAAAAAAUUCAUUGGGCAUUCCUGGAUGUUAUAGAUGAGAAUGUGUCUGCUUAAAUUGGAGACAUUAAAGAAAUGUUUUUAAGCAAAUUUGCUUGUAAAGUACUUAGACUUCCGAAGGUCUAAAAACGUUUGGCAUUAUGAUUAUUGUUUUUAAAAAGAAAAUUAAUUUUAUAUUGUUUCAGAUAGAUUGGACUUUAGUCAUCAACAUUAAUUGGGCUUCAAUUACCACUUUACCUUAUGGUUAUUACUUUUUCAAUACUAUGCCUAUUCAUCUGUAAAAUAAAAGUUCUCAAUUUUUAAAGCAUAUGAUGUCUAAACAUAUGCUACUGUAUUGCUUUUUUUGUCCAGCUCUUUAGUCAGUAUUAUGUAAUUAUCAUAGAAAAUCAUAAAUGAAAUAUUUUGUAGAAUUUUUUUUUUACAAAUGCCAUCCUAAGACACAUAAAUACUUUAAAAAUUGAAUUAGAGCUUGAAACAUUAAUUUUUAAAUUGUUGAAUAAAAAUAAUUAUGUUUAUUUUGUUUUCAUUUAAUGAUACAUUACAUGCUAAUCCUAUGACUGUUGAAGUGUUUUUAAAAAGUUGUGUUUUGGACUGUCUGCCAUCUACAGGAGGGAAUGGGGGAAAGGAGGGGAAAAUUUGGAACCAAAGGUUUUACAAGGUUCAGUGUUGAAAAAAUUACCCAUGCAUAUGUUUUGUAAAUAAAAAAGAUAUUAAAAAAAAAAAAGAAUCACUGGGGAACUUAAGUGAUGGAUAGAGUGAGAUUUGCAUCAAAGAAGCUGGCCGUGGUGUUCUCCAAAUUUAGUUCUGCCUAGGGUGCCCUAGCCAGAAAUAGAAGCUUUAUCUGAAAGCAGGGGUGCAGGGGUGACUAAGAUCUGACAAAUGAGUCAAGAUGUUCUUCUUAUUGGAAAUAAGAUUCAGUUUAUUUUUCUAUAAUGCUUCAUGGUUACAUAGGAACUUUAUAUCCAUUAUCUAAGUGAGAUAAUCUUCAAAAUAAUCCUGUGUUUGGAAAAUUCCUAUUUUAAAGAUGAGGAGAAGUAAAGCCCUGAGAGUGGGAAGUAAUUGCCUAUGGCAUAGGGCUAGCAGGCAAUAUCGAUAGGGCCAGAAGGAGUAAUUCCUACCAGUUUAGAAUACUCAUCUUUGAUCAUUAUACACGGCAACAGCAAGAUUAUACAAUGAUCAAUUCUGAUGCACAUGGCUCUUUUCAAUAAUGAGAUGAUUCAGAUCAGUUCCAAUAUCUUGUAAUUACUGGAAGAGAGCCAUCUGCACCCAAAGCGAGGACUGUGGGAACUGAGUGUGGACCACAACAUAGCAUUUUCACUCUUUCUGCUGUUGUUUGCUUUCUUCCUCAGUUAUUUUUUCCUUCUUUAUCUGAUUUUUCUUGUGCAGCAGGAAAAUUGUAUGUGUAUGUGUUGCAUUUAACAUGUAUUGGAUUACCUUCCAUCUAGGAGAGGGGGUGAGGGAAAGGAGAGGAAAAUUUAGAACACAAGAUUUUGCACGAAUCAUUGUUGAAAAAUUAUCCAUGUGUGUUUUGUAAAUAAAAAGCUUUAAUAAAAAAAAAUACAA